AUGGCGCCUGUCGGCGCUGCCCCUCCCCCGCUUCCCAUGCACGUGUACAAAAUCCUACCGACGGCUCCCCCGGCGCCGUUGCCGAGUCCGUACCCACUAUCGGAUCUAGACAAGAAGGAUGGCUUUGUCCACCUGAGCACCGCCUCGCAGAUCCCUAUAACCGCGGGAAUCUGGUUCAAAGACUUUAGCGAGCUCUGGAUCCUCAAGCUCAACCUCACCAGGUUCGAAAAGGACAUAAACUGGGAUACGCCUGGGUGCCCGCAUUUGUAUGGGAAUUUUGGUGCCGAGGAUGUUGUUGAUAGUAGGAAGUUUGUGAGAGGCGAAGGACAGGAGUGGCAGGAAGCGCUGGGCGGUUGCAGUGAUUGGCUCGAGUAA